GUUUUUUUGUGUUUUGGCCCAUCUAGAGAUGGGCCAAAACACAAAACCGAACAUAGGCUUAGGGUUUCAGACGGCAUUACGCAGAAAACCAAAGCCCGUAGUCCAGCGUUACUCCUCCGCCGGCAGCCAUGGUGAAUGUUCCUAAGACAAAGAAGACUUUUUGCAAAUCAAAGGAGUGCAAAAAGCACACCUUGCACAAGGUCACCCAGUACAAGAAGGGUAAAGAUAGUUUAGCUGCUCAGGGGAAGCGCCGUUAUGAUCGCAAGCAGUCAGGUUAUGGUGGCCAGACCAAGCCUGUUUUCCACAAGAAGGCAAAAACGACAAAGAAGAUUGUGUUAAGGUUGCAGUGCCAGGGUUGCAAGCAUGUUUCCCAGCACCCAAUCAAGAGGUGCAAGCAUUUUGAGAUUGGUGGAGAUAAGAAGGGCAAAGGAACUUCCCUUUUCUAAAUGUCUGGAUUCUCAAACGGGAACUCAUUGGUUUUUCCUUAUUGUGUUGGGAUUUACUCUGGUAUUGUCCUUUGCUGUUUUUAGCUAAAGAUUAGAUCAAAUAUAAGACCUGGAUGUAACUCAGUUUUGUGUUUCAAUACUGGAUGAUUAAGUAUUUCAAUGCAUGUUUCGUAGUUUAACAUUA